AUGAGGGGUAAGAAUGGAGUGGGUAUCUUGGUGGAUAUGGAUCUUAGAGAGUGUGUGGUUGAGGAGGGCUUGGACGAGGUUGUCCGUAGUAUUCCACCUACUGAAAGGUUAUUUAAUGGAGGGGAUUUUAAUGGCCAUAUUGGGGCGGCUGCUGGUAGUUAUGGCGAGGUGCAUGGUGGCUUUGUCCUUGGGGAUAGGAACGGAGGAGGUACUUCGCUGUUAGACUUCGCUAAGGCUUUCGAGCUGGUUAUUGCGAACUCGACUUUCCCGAAGAGGGAGGAGCAUCUGGUUACUUUCCGAAGUUCGGCGGUAAAGACUCAGAUCGAUUACCUUCUCCUCAGAAUGUGUGAUAGAGGGUUGUGCAAGGAUUGCAAGGUUAUCCCGAGAGAAACCCUCGCGACUCAGCAUAGGCUCUUAAUGAUGGACAUCAACAUUACGAUAAAGAGGAAGAAGAGGUAUGCUCAUGGCCGUCCGAGGAUUAGAUGGGGAGCUUUAACCAAGGAUAAAGCCCAGGAGUUAGAUGGGAGGUUAUCCGCUAUGGGAGCAUGGAGGAGUAGUGGAGACGCGAGCACUAUGUGA